GAGAAGGAAGUUGAAUGCCAUGUGGCUAAAGUAGAUGCCUUGCCUGAUUGCAGUUCUCUUUUUUUGUGGGGUGCUUUGUACCCUUCAUAAUAGAUCUGGGGGCUUGCUUGAAAAAAAAGAAGUAGAUGCAUUACCUGACCUGCGAGGAGCGAAGCUCCAUGAUUAUUAUAGGUUGACGACCAGUGUAUAUAUAGGUGCCACAGAUAGAUAGCUACCACCUCUGCUCUCAACUCCCAAGUCCCAACUUCUCUCUGAAACAGAAAAAAGACUUCCAAGUCCCAACCACUUCACCUCGGCAAGGUGAACCGAAGCGCAGAUGGAGGCGGCCGUCGGCGCGACCAGCUCGCUCCUCGGCAAGGUGCUCACGAAGCUGUCCGAGGACCUGGUGGCCGCGUAUGUCGACAGCCUCGAGCUCGUCCACAACUCCCAGGAGAUCAAAACCAAGCUGCUGCACACACAAGGGCUGCUGCAACUGGCCGAGGGGAGGGACGUGAGCAAUGUCACCGCCCUUCAGGCCUUGUUGGAGGAGCUGAGCAAGAAGGCCGACGAGGCGGAGGACUUGUUGGAUGAGCUCCACUACUUCAAGAUCCAGGACCAGCUCGACGGCACCAACUGUGCCGCACUGGAUCUCGGUGAUGGCCUCCGGGGCCAUGCUUGUCAUGGUCUCCAUGCUAUUCACCACACCAUCGGUAACUGUUUUCCAUGCUUUUCUUGCUCUCGCACGCAAGAUGAUGGUUCUGCUCCUACUGCUGAUGAUGGUGGCCAUGUCGAUAAGUUACAUUUUGACAGAGUGGCCAUGUCCAGCAAAAUCAAGUCAGUGAUAGAGGAAAUACACUCCCUAUGUGACCCCAUCUCUGAUUUGCUCAAUAAAAUUCCAAGCAGCAGCACAGUUGUCACCCUAAAACGGCUUCACAUAGGGUCCACAAUUAUACAAGAUACACUGCACGGAAGGAGAGACAUUUUUGAGAAAAUUGUCAAUGAUAUCACAAGUGGCACACAUCACGGUCAAACUGUUUCUGUUCUUCCUAUAGUCGGCCCGGGGGGGAUUGGAAAGACAACUUUCACCCAGCACCUGUAUAAUGAUAGUAGGACUGAAGAGCACUUCACUGUUAUGGUUUGGGUGUGUGUAUCGACUGAUUUUGAUGUGUUGAAGCUCACCCAACAGAUCCAUAACUGCAUACCUGCAACUGAAAGCGAAACUGCAAUUGAAACAACCAAUCUAGAUCGGCUUCAGAAAUCCAUUGCACAGAGACUUAAGUCCAAAAGGUUUUUAAUUGUCUUGGAUGAUAUAUGGAAAUGCAAUAGUGAGGACGAGUGGAAGACCCUGCUAGCUCCCUUCACAAAGGGGGAAGCCAAAGGCAGCAUGAUACUUGUGACAACUCGAUUCCCAAAACUAGCAAGAAUGAUGAAAACAGUUGAUCCAGUAGAGCUACAAGGCUUGGAGUCUAAUGACUUUUUCACAUUCUUUGAAUCAUGUAUAUUUGGUGAACAUAAGCCUAGGCAUUAUGAAGAUGAGUUAGAUGAAAUUAAUCGUUUUUGGAUUGCAAUAGGCAUCAUAGACUCUAGCCACCCAAGCAAUAAGAAUUGCAUGGAAGGUCUAGUGGAAAAUGGUUUUCUCAUGAAGGGGGUUUCCAAAAAUCUUCCUUUUCAUGAAUACUUUGUAAUGCAUGAUUUAAUGCAUGAGCUAUCUCGGAGUGUCUCUGCACAAGAAUGCCUAAAUAUAAGUGAUCUUGAUUUUAGAGCUGAGGCCAUCCCACAAUCUAUUCGACACUUAUCCAUCACCAUAGAGAAUAGAUAUGAUGAAAAAUUUAGAGAAGAAAUGGGUAAACUAAAGGGAAGGAUAGACAUUGUAAAUCUACGGACACUGUUGAUUUUUAGAGAAUAUGAAGAAAGAAUCAUUGAGAUCUUAAAAGAUACAUUUAAGGAAAUAAAAGGCUUGCGCAUCCUAUUUAUAGCAGUGAAGUCCCUUGAAUCUCUACCACAAAGCUUUUCAAAACUUAUCCACCUCCAGUACCUCCAAAUUCGAUCACCCUAUGAAACAGAAAUGACUUUACCUAACACACUAUCCAGAUUUUAUCACUUGAAAUUCUUGGACCUAAGUGGUUGGUAUGGUAGUUCUAACUUGCCUAAAGAUAUUAGCCGCCUUGUGAAUUUACGCGAUUUCCUCGCUGAAGAAGAACUCCACUCCAAUGUUCCUGAGGUUGGAAAGUUGAAGUAUCUACAUGAGCUAAAAGAAUUCCAUGUCAAGAAAGAAACUGUUGGAUUUAAUUUAAGAGAGCUGGGGGAAUUGAGAGAGCUUGGGGGAACACUCAGUAUACAUAAUCUUGAAAAUGUGGCAACCAAGGAAGAAGCUAGUGGCGCCAAAUUGGUGUUGAAAAGGGAUUUGAAAGAGUUGACAUUAGUAUGGGGCAGAGAGCAACGGACUGAUGUAGAUGCUGAUAUUCUCGAUGCUCUUCAACCACACUCUAACCUUACAACACUAGGCAUUAUAAAUCAUGGUGGCACCACUUGUCCUCGUUGGCUGUGUCCUGAGAUAAGGGUGAACAAUUUAGAGACUCUCCAUUUACAUGGCGUGUCUUGGGGAACUCUUCCACCUUUUGGGCAGCCACCAUGUCUCAGGGAACUAAGCUUGAAGAGCAUUUCUGGGCUGCGUCAGUUUGGUCCUGACUAUGGUGGUGUUAGAGGCAAAUGUCUUUUGCAGUUGAAGAAAGUUGUGUUUUAUGACUUGUCAGAUCUUGUCCAGUGGGUUGUGGAACCUAAUUGCCAUAUGUCUCCAGGUCUUGACAGCAUCGAUUGCAGAAAUUGUCCCAACCUAUGUGUGAUGCCCUUCUCGGAGUGCUCUUGUACCAGUUUGUCCAUGCUUUGCAUUGGUAGUUGCCCCAAGUUGUCUCUGCCACCCAUGCCUCACACAUCCACACUAACAUGUUUAGCUGUUGAAAAUGGUUCAGAAACGUUGUCUUACGAUGGAAAAAGAUUGGUUGUUAGCAAGUAUGCCGGUGCUUUGGCCUUCCACAAUCUGGGUGAAGUAGAGGAUGUGUGUAUUCGAGAUGAAUCACACAUUUCGUGGACAUACCUCAAAAAGCUUAAAUCCUUAAGAAAACUAGCUGUCACAAGAUGCGACAGCCUGUUUUCUGGAGAAAUGGAUGGCAGUGUUGUCUUCCACAACAUGAAUAUUGAGACUCUUAGUGUAGAUGUAUCUCAUCUUACCAGGAAAUUGCUGUCAAAAGUGUUCAAUAGUUGCCCAGCUCUUGGUGAAUUGGAGAUACAUUCUUCACUGGAAGACCAGGAGGAACGAGUACUACAGUUCCCAUCAUCCAGCUCACUGCAGACACUUCGCUUCUACAUGUCGAAGGGCCUGGUUCUUGUGCCUGCGGAGGAUGGAGGAGGAAUCCAGGACAUCACGUCGCUCAAAACAUUAAGAAUAGAUGGAUGCGGCAAGUUGUUCUCUCGGUGGCCGAUGGGAGAAGCAGGAGGAGCUCCGAUGACUAACCCUUUCCCUGCUUCCCUCAGGAAACUUUAUAUUAGGGAAGAGUCAAGCAUGCGGUCAAUGGCUUUGCUCUCAAACCUCACGUCUCUCACUCAUCUAAGUCUAAUACACUGUGCGAAUUUAACAGUGGAUGGGUUCAAUCCUCUCAUCACAGUCAACCUCAAGGGAUUGGAGGUCUGGAACAGUGGCGGCAACUCUCCAGCAGAGGUUCUGCUCUCAGAGGUGGCAAGGACCAAAUUAAUGCACGCGGGUUCCUUCCAAUUGGAUAGACUGAACGUGGAUAGCAUCUCGGCAGUGCUUGUUGCUCCCAUUUGCACCCACCUUUCCGCCACCCUCCAUGAACUGAGCUUCUUUGAUGAUGAGCGGGCAAUAGGCUUCACAGAAGAGCAAGAGAAUGCGUUUCAGCUCCUCACCUCCCUCGAGAAACUAGGAUUUUAUCGCUGCAAGGUUCUGCAGUCCCGCCCUCAAGGAUUACAUCGCCUUUCUUCUCUCAAAGAAUUAGUAGUCAACAGUUGUCCUGAACUCCGAUGGCUGCCAGAGCAGGGCUUCCCCACUUCGCUGCAAGCUCUACAUCUAUGGUUUGGCAGUGCAGAGCAAAAACAGCAAGCUGAGAAAUUGAAAGAAACAUACCCAGAUUUACAUGUACAUUAUCAUCAUUAGCACAAGGUAACACAUGUCGCCUCCCUCUUCUUAUAUUUCUCUAAAGUGAGGCUCCCCCUAUUCAUGAUUUAUCUUUAAUUUCUAGUAGUAAAUUCUGACAGGCUAGCAGGCUCCACUGUUGCAAUAUGUACAUAGCUUCUGAAAUCUGACAGGCCGCCAAUCUGCCUGAGGCAUGGUAGCUUUCGUUCCACACUUGCCUUUGUUCUGCUUUCAUCUGCCAGCUGCAUGGUAAAUAUGAAGACUAAGGCGACUCCUGAUAGACCUAUAGAUGAAUGCCUAUUUUUAUUUAACAGAAUGUCAACAGACAGGAAGCAGACUCCUGAAUAAUGGGACGUGAAACACGAGACAUCACAUAUCGAUUCUGCAAAUUUGCCUCCAGUUCUGCUUUUAUGGAAUUAUUAAUCCUUUGUGUGCUUGCCAAUUUCGAGGGAAAAGUGUCAACAAAAUGAAGAAAAUCCACAAUUUUUCUUUUUGAAGUAAAUGGCAAUGUGAAGUGAAGGUGUUUCAGAUGAUCCGGUCUUAUUUCUCCGGUCCCUGUGACGGAUCAACUAUCUGAGCAUUCUGGAGCUUAGAAUGGCAUCAUGUUCAAUGUUCAGGCUGCUGGUAGUUUGCCACAAUAAUUUGCAGCAAUCGCUGGUACGCAAUUGUCCAGUGUUUCUGUAUUUGCACAUACAGCCACCCUAUAAUUCUUACUAGGGGUUGGGGCGCCACCUUGUGGCGCCUCCUCAAAGGAAGCUGGGGCGGUGCCAGGUUGACAGCCGCCCAUUCGAGUUGCUUUUUUGCAAUCUUGGUAACACAUGAAAAUAGCAAUGUUAUAAGAAGUCGCAAUAUAAUUUUGAAAGAGCUAAAUAAUUGACACUCAAAUACAACGAGAUUAGGACAUCUCCAAUGUGGAUCAGCAAACAGAUACCACCAACAAGUUCGUGGACAUCCAUCGAGCUUCGGUCGUUCAAUGCAAUUUAUAAAAGAAAAAACAGGACACCGA